AUGCCAGCUCCCGAAACCGCCGCCGACCUCGGCGCCAGAAUCGAGGUCGUGAAGAUCAACGAUACUGAGGACGACGUCGCCAGCCCGAUGGUGCCGCACGAGAGACAGGUUGUCGAUGCUGUGAUCGCCCUAUGGAAAGAAGACUCCUCCACCGAGUCCUUGGGGGCAGGCAGGCUCCACGCUCUCGUCAAGGCCAGGCAUCCCAACUGGACGCUUUCCGAGAAAAGAAUGAAGACCUUGCUCAAGAACUUCGGUCUCUCUCCCUCUGUCGACUCUGCGCCGUUCACGUACGCCAGCGACAUCACGUCCCAGGUCACUCCGGACGCCACGCUACCGGAAAAGGUCAAUUUGGUGAUGACUUCCAAACGAGGGAAAGGUUUGUACGCGAAGAAACCAAUUGCCAACGGCGAAUUGAUCUGGGAGGAAACGCCGUUGUUCCUCGUGCCCCUGUUGGCUCAUUACGAGCUCAUUCUUCUGGGGAAGGCGUGCACCAACUGUGGCAAGAUGGGCAACGACCCGUCCCGCGCGCUCUCGCGCACCUCCGUGCUUCAGGGGUUGGACUGUAACACCUGUCCCGAAAUCUGGUGCUCGCUGACUUGCAAAGUGGCAAACCAGGUGGUGCACUCCUCCCUCAAGCACGGUGGCCGUGCGACCAGAAGGCUCAUCAACCCGGAAGCUUUCCACGCUUUGACCGAGUACUGCGUCAAGGAGCAGUGGAAUGCUUUGUAUGCGAUUACCCUCAUAUAUGCCCAAUGCCUUCUCGACAAAACUGGCGUGAAGGCCAAGCAGUUCAAAGCCAUGGCUCGCGUCUCCCAGAAGGUGAGGUACAAAGCACUCAACUCCUCGGCCGGUGCAUUCGACUCGCUCCAGGGAGGAGCUUUGUUUGUCGAAGAGCAGCAGGAAAAGUUGUGGGAAGAAGGCUUCAACUUGUUUGCGAAUGUGUUUCCUUCGGCAUCGCCGCAAGAGCUCCAUUACGACGAGUUUUUGCACAUGAUGGGUACCUACAACAUCAACAACCUCGACUCCAGUGUGUUCCUCAUUCAGUCUCAUCUAAACCAUGUCUGUGAUCCCAACACUAGCGUCGACACGUCCGUGAAGAAGUACGAGGGACUCCGCGUUCAUGCCGCUCGUGACAUCAAGGUGGGCGAGGAGCUCACCACCACAUAUGUGAAUCCUUCGCACACGGUGCAACAGAGGCAGAGAGAGCUUAGAGUCAACUGGGGGUUUCUUUGCAAGUGCCCUAAAUGUAAAGAUGACCUCAAAACUCAGCAAAGGCGAAAGUCCAGCAGCGCGGGCCUGCAAAAAGAUAGAUCUGAAAUCAAGAACUUGCUUGAGCAGACCGAGAAGGAAUUGGGCAGCGGCAACGAGCUUGAAAUCCCCGUGGAUUACAACGGCGAGCGCCGCAAAUCAGUGCGGUUUGAUGAGAAGGUUGUCAAAGUCACCCCCUAG